CUGGCAUCAAUAAGGAAGAAUCCUGACUGCAGUGGGAUUUGUUUUUGAUGGUCUGUGUGGGUCCUCCUUUUGCGGGGAAAGACGCAUGUUGUUGUUGUUGUUGUUGUUGUUAUCAUUAUCAUUAUUAUGUUUGUUUAAACCCUGCUUGUAUUCUCGACAAGGAGAGGUUUGAGGAGAGGGAAGAAAAGGGUGCUGACAUUUUGGGGCUUGCAACAUAGAUUGUUUGGGGGUCCAAACCAUGGGGAGGGGCUUCUUCUUUUAGGGAGAAAGAAAGGUGGCCAUAGGUACCCUGUAUUGCUGUUGUGGCUGAGUUUUCUGAAUCUGGAGCACUUCCCUGCCCCACUAUGGUGUUUUUGUGCGUUUCUUUGUAGAUCUGGUGCAUUUUCCCUGCCAUUUGUUUAAAUAACCUGUACAUCAUUUAUUUUAGGGUGAUGUUAAACUUCCAUGAGUACAUUUCUUUCAUUGGAAUGCUUCUUAGGAAAGAAAAGGAAUACUGUGUCACCUGAUGUACAUCAGAUGUGGAUGUACCUUUGUGACUGAGGUGUUUUUUUCCAAGAUGGGAGCAGGUGAUGCUUUGUCUGCAGCUGCAUUUUACAUAUUUUUCAGUUUGUUCUCCCUUGUGGUCUUUAAUUUGGUCCUUAGGUCUCAGAAGGAGGCUUUUUGCAAUUUGCCAAGAACCUUUCCCAAUACACCUGUACAGGAAAAUAACUAGAUAGAGUGUAUUGUUGAACUUAGACUGGAGUACAAAAAUAUGUAGGAAUAGGGCAUUUUAGGGAGGAGUGCUGAAUAUACAAUGAGCAUAUCAUAAUUUCCAGUACAGAGCGUGAAGACAAAGUUGGAAGACUGAGGGAGGAAGGAAACACCUAUUCAAGAGAGCCAAAAUAUACGGAGAUGGAAAAAAGCAAUUAUUUCUGUCAACUUUAAAUUACCUUUCAAAGCGUACUGCGUUUCAAGGACAAUUGGAUGCCAUGACAGUCGCCCUAGUGUGCGAUCCCUCGGAAGCUAUGGAGCUCUGUGCUUCUCAGCGACUCUAUCUUAAGCCAGUCGCGAAACUGACAAUCAGUGUGGUGCUUCCAGAACACACCGGCUCACCCCGAGCCUUCUCUAAGUGGGAAGUGAUGGACAAGCUGAAGAACAUGAUUUGUCCAGACCAGUUCACCAGCGUAAAGGUCUCAAAGAGCACUAAGGGACUCCUUCGGCUCGAGGGAGAGGCCGAAACCAAGCGCUUGGUCUGUAGCCUCAAGGAAAAGCUCCAUGGCAAGAUGAUAAAACUCAAUGGUUUUAAAGAUGACUUGCAAGUGGUUGCUACGGAGGCACCUCUGGAUUUCCCAACUCCACAGGAGUUGGAAACCAAUGCGAACGAUAGAGAAAUGCCGGAAGGAAACUGUGCGGAGCAAAGCAAGGAUGUUGCGGAUUGCCUCCAUUUGGAAGGACUGCCGUGCAAAUGGUUUGCUCCGAGAGGUUCAGAUAGCGAAGUGCCAAGCGAAGAUGUCUUGAGAGCAGUGUUUGAACGUUUUGGAAAGAUCAAGAACAUAGAUAUCCCCAUGCUUGAUCCUUAUAGGGAAGAAGUGGUGGGAGGAAGCACACAUAAUUUCACUUUCCGUGGCCUGAGGACAUUUGAGGCUUUUGUCCAGUACCAAGCGUCCACGUCACUCUCAAAAGCUAUGGAAACACUUAAGGGAAUGAAGCUGAUGUUUAAAGGGGAUGAUGGAAAAGCUCUUGCGUGUAACAUCAAGGUGACGUCUGAUACCACCAGUCAUUUCAGUGAGGCUGCUAUAAACCAGAGAAACCUGGAAAGAUUAACACUGCAAGGGCUAGAGCAAGAAAGGCGGCGGGAGGAAAACAGAGGGAAAAGGGGGACGGAAAGAAAAAGACGUGAUGGUGGUGAUGAUGAUGAUGAAAAAAAAGUUGGAGAAGGAAAGAGGAAGUCUAAGAUCAAGAGACGGGAAAAAAGACAGAUAGAUCGCGAUGACAAACGCCCAAGAAAGCAGCAGAAGGUAACAGCGGGAGAAGAGUUGUGGCCAGAAAAUAUGCCUGAAUGGGAAGAGAGGAAAUACCUCCUAGCUCAGAGAAGAGUGGAAUCUAUCAGGCUGCUUACAGUGCUGUUAAACCAAAUAAAAAAUGUUGUGCUGUCAUCGAGGCCGGCACGGGAUUUUGAAAACGAAAGGGAGGAUUUGUUUCCCGCACCCCAGAAAAAGAAUUCACUGAAGGAGAAGGAGGAUUCUCAUUCUCUCCAGCACCCAGAACUUAUAGAUGAGAAAAACCUCAAGUAUCCUUUGGCACAAUUGGAUAAUGGGGAUAUUUCAGAAAGAGAGAAAGAACAGCCCGUCGGGGACGAUUCGCUGACAUCGCCUUGUCCUUUGGUGAGGACAAUUUUGAACAAGCCGGGCUCGAGGACAAUAAUCAGCUGCGUAACAGAGAAGGCCGCCGACAGAUGUCAUGCCUCUGGCUUGUUACGGGUCACAGUCACUCAGGACUGUCAAGCCGUAAAGCCACCUCACGCAGCGGAUUACCCACAACAAAACUUGGGUGCCGGAAAACGCACACAGCAAAAAGUUUACGAAACGGAGGAAUUCAUCCAUUAUUUACUAAACUACUACCAAACUCCACGAUACGCACGGAUUUGUGCAGCGUUGCCCAACCCGGCAGAGAAACCUUGGCGGGAGAGGAGCGUGUGUCAAAAUGGGAACAGCAUUCGCAUCAGCCUCAAGAGCAAAGAGAGGCAGCAUUUGAAAGAAAUGGGUCCAGCACCAGACUGUCGUGAGAGAGAUUUCAGAUGGAACAAAGUAAUAGAGAAAGAACCCGCAUUCAAGAGCCAGGCAGAUUCGAGCAAGUUUACCAAAAGCUUCCAAGUACGGAGCAGUGGCUCUUUGGAUGAACUACAUGCUCCUAUUCUAGUCAGCACCAGUGCUUAUAAUACGAAAUGCCAAGGAAAAGAUACUGGAACGGCAGUUAUGUCAUCACACAAGCCAUUCGGCUGCAUGUAUAAACUCAAGGAUUUAUUAGAAGAGAUAAGCAGUGACUCUGAAUAUUUCAGCGAGGCUCUUAAUGACUCAUGGAACAGAACGGAGAGAAGGAAUGGUAGUUGCCGAACUAGCUGUGACCCGUGGCCUUUGAGCAAGUCGGGAGCCAGAGAAUUGCUGAUUUGUGUCCAAAACGUCGCCUGUACCGAUCCCAGCACGCAAGGCACCACACGCAGGUUCUGCUCCAACCCUGAGCGUUGCGGCUCCAUAAAGCGGUCGAGGCAAAGGCUCAAAGCGGGAUUGAAGAGACCCGGCGGCAAAGUCCAGCACGACGGGCCAAACACCAAAUGGGCGUCUAGCGAAGAGGAGAGGGAGUCUAGCAGGAGGAAGAAGAAGAAGAAGAAGAAGAGAAAGAAAAGGACUUCGAGUAGCUCUCUGCCCGAGGAUGAUGAUGAACCAAACGUCUUUAGAACAAACCAUCGCGAGGAGGUGGAGAGCCUGGACAAGAUGCAGAGGAGAUGCAGCAAGAUGCUCCACCACAAAAUGCAAUGCAAGACGCUCCAGGCCAUCGGAGGAGGAGCGGUCAAAGCAAAGGACGUCAUCCGCCUGAGUGCCUCUCAGCUCCAAGAAGCCCACCAAGAGGCAGGGGACUUGCUCUUGAGGCGCGAGGUUGAAGCCUGCUCCGAAGGAUGGCCUUUGCCUCCCAUGGAAAUCAUGCAGACGAGUCCAUAUCCAGAGGCAGUCUGCGGAGCGGAGUUUGGAAGAGGAUGCUAGUUUCCUUUGGUCCUGAUGGAGAUCCUGAGACUUUUAUAGGACUCUUUGAGGAAUGUAACUGUACAGUAGACCUUUGGUGACACAGACACUUGGCUUAGGCUCCACUGCUUGCCGGUGGCGGGAGAGCAGUGCUUGCAACAGGUGAAGCAGAAAGGGCAGAAAUCCGUCAGCGGAUUUGGCAUCUACCAAAGAAGGACCAAAACAACAGAAAAGAGUGAGGCCUUAUUGAAUCAUGGACUGCUCAAGGGUCUGGGCUGAGCUGAACGGUCCCUGCUGCUGUCUUUUUGGGAUAGAGCUACAGAAUGCAAGUCCUGCCGGUGAGAGGAGUUACGCCUAAGCCACUUAUAUACCAAUCGAAUAAAUAUUUUUUAAUUUAUAAGACUUAAAAAGAAAGUGCCUCCUCAAGUCGUGUCAGAAAGGGGAUGGUGUGAGAGACAAAAUGUGACAAGGAACAUGUUUAGAAUCUGUUGCACACUUAUAAACAUGAUGUAAAUUCAAAGUCAGUAAGCUUCGAUGACCGUCGUUUCAUCUAGGAAGUUGGUUGUUGGUUCAGAUCCUCCUUUGGCCCCGUUUGAAUUUAUGGAAAAGGAUACAGAUUGACAUGACAGGCUUUCCUGCAUUGAUCCCCAAGUGGCUGCCUUCUGUUAGUGGGAGAGGUCAGAUUUCAGGGGUGGGGAAACUUGGGCCCUCCAGAUGUUUUCACUUACAGAUUCCAUAGUCCUUUCACGUUUGUUAUCCAAGAUAGAAGCUGCUGGCCAAAACCUCUGGAGAGUACGAGGUUGCCCAUUCUUGCCUUAAAUAUGGGGCUCAGAUUGGCAUGAAAGCAGCAGUGUUGGGGUGUGGAGAGACUCCAUGAUACUUCCUUUAAAUCUUGGCUCCAAGUUGCCUUUUUAAAAAGCCAAGCGUUGCAGAAACGUUCCGCCUUGAAGCAGGUAACUGGGCAAGUCUUUCUCUUCUUGUUGUGGAAAUAGCGGCCUUUCCAGAGGAAAAGAAUGAGGUGCAGGGCACAAAAGAGAUGAGCAUCCCAGUAAUACAUCACUGCUUCAAUCAAACCCCAUCUGUCUUGUCUUUUUUUCCAAAAUAGAUUUUAAAGAAAAGCACGUCUUGAGAGGCAGUCUCCCAACUUCCCAAUUAAUGCAACAUGCAGAGUAGUUGGGAUGUGCUUCUGAAACUGGGAAUAGCUUAAACUAUUGUCACCCCUGAGAAACUAGCAAAAGUAAUACAGUCCUUCCAAAAAUUCGUUUCUUUUGCUCAUUAAAUUUUCAGGUGUUAUAAAAUUAUUGUUUCCUUUUCAAAGGAAAAGAAGGAUAGCCAAGAACGCCAACUUUCACAAGUUCUUCCCAGACCAAUGUUCCUUUGCUCCAAUCCAAUAAUAAUAAUUAUUAUUAUCCAAUGGAUCUGCCAAAACACAGCAGCCAAAAGGGGAUUGAAGUCUUUCUUCCAUGUUUGUUGGUGUUUUCUUUCUUUGAAUAAGUGACCUUCCGAAGUAUAUUGUCUGAGCCAAAAAAAACCCAGUGACCUGACUCAGUUGUUGCUUAAAAUUGUAUGGAACCCAAUCUUACAGUUUGAAACAUUCAGCCAUUUGCAGUGGAGACUAUAUCAUAGGAAACAGGCAAAGUUGGCCACAGCUAUGACGGGACCCAUGUUCCAAAUGGAGAGGGAACAGUAGCAAUUUCCUUUAGUUUUGGUUUCUGCUUUGAUAUCCUUUAUUUAUUAUUACAGGUCAUGGUACUUUUCAUGUGUUACGCAUUUCCUCGCAAACUCGUUUGUUUGUUGACUUUUUCUCCAAUAAAGUGGUAACGAACCAACGUAUGCAGGCA